CAAUGGCUUGCUGCAGCUAGGUGGGAAAUGGGUGCGUUUAUACGGGCGCUGCUGGCGGGCUGCCUCCUCUGGGGAAUCACAGAGAGUUUUUUGAUCUUCCAUGACCAGAAAAAUCUGUGUCUUAUUGGCGGUAAGGUGGUCAGUGUUGGAAAAUGCAAUUCUACUCAUCGGAGCCAGCAAUGGAAGUGGAUGGACAAUGGAAAGCUACUAAACUUUAAGUCAAGCUUGUGUCUUGGCAUGUCCAAUUCUUCAGCUUCUCAUUUUCGACCAGCAGUUUUGGUGGAUUGCAGUUGGGCUCCAAGGUGGACUUGUCACAGAGCUGAUCGCGUUCUUGAAGUGUCAGAAACCUUGCUCUUCCUAAGAAAACAAGGCCAAAGAGUUGUUGUUAAGAAGGGAAGAAAAUAUCCAAACACCUGGAUGAGGAUUGAAGUGGAUGAAAACGGAACUGAACUUUAUAAAAACAUAUGUCUAGAUGAGGAUCCAGAACAGACUACCAUAACAAUGACAUCAAGAAAUGCAUUAUCUGUCACCCUUGAUCCACGGGUGCUGAAAACCAGUAGUCCUGAGAUGAGCACUACACAACUUACCAGGCACACUGGCACAGCAAGUCCAAAUGAUACAGAAAACCUAUCCACAACUACAGAAGUCAUGAUGCCUACGACAACACAGCUCUACGUCAAUUCGAUCGAAGAGUAUGUGGAGCCUGUGAAAUGCACCAUCAAUGUCACAGAGACAAAUGUUUCCUCCGAGGCCACUUACAUCAAGUGGAGCAGUCCAGGACACCCAUGUAACUUUACCUUGACUUACAGUGCAGGCAACUUUUGGGAAACCGCAUGCACUCCCAUUCAAAAGACAAACAACACCUAUGAGUGUAUGAAGCCUGGGUUGGAGGCAGGAACCGUGUAUGACAUAAAAAUCAUAUCUCUUCAGGAUGGAGAGAUGAAGAAUCUUUCUCUACAAACAGAUCCUCUACCACCUGGUCAGUUUGAAGUGAGAAAGAGCACAGUCACAUCAACAAGUUUCCAGGUCUCUUGGACGGCUUCUCCAGGCUCGGUGGAUCAAUAUGAACUGCACCUGCUUGAUAACAAAAAGGAAAGUGUCCAAAAACUUGAAAUCCCUGGUAAUAUUUCGAGAAAAGAAGCCACAUUUACUAAACUUAUCCCAGGCACUAGAUAUGGCAUUAUCAUCACAGCUAUUUCUGGAAACAAGAGCACGCCUACUAUUCUAAUUAACGGGUCCACAGUUCCAAGUCCAGUGAAGAGUAUCAAUGUUUUUAGCAAGCCAGACAGUAUCCAUGCGUCAUGGGUGCCCGGCUCGGGGAACGUAGAGCUUUACAAGCUGCUGUUAUUGGACCAAGACCGAACAACUACAGAAAUUGUCCUGGAAAAUACUGUUACAAUGCACACUGUUUAUGGCCUUGUCCCUGGACACGUAUAUAACCUUACUGUGCUUACUGAGGCCGUAGGCCUGAAGAACGGGAACUCCGUAUUAAUACAAACAGCGCCUGCUGAGGUAUCCGAAUUAUCUGUACAGAGUGAUGGAAGCUCAAAUACUCUACGAGUCCGAUGGAAAAGACCUCAAGGCAAGCUAGAUUUCUACAAUGUCACAGUAUCUGACCAGGAUUCAAUCAAAUAUAGCAAGACUGUACCAUCUGGGCUUACAGAGGUCACCUUUACUGACCUUACUCCAGGACGGCUUUAUCAGAUCAACAUCACCACCGUUGCUGGUGAAUUAGGCACUAACAGGAUGGCAACUGGUAGAACCAUUCCUGAGAAAGUUUCGGAUUUGAAAGCAAUCAGUGAUGGGCUAAAAGGACUUAAAGUGAGCUGGCUGCCACCUUCUGGAGACUGGGAAAAAUACAAAGUUGUGCUAUUCAACCACUCUUCUGUAUUGCUGAACGCUACCGUAGAAAAACACCAAAGAGAGUAUAUUAUUUCAGAUACUGGCCUCAUCCCUGGGAGACUGUAUGGCGUUGCUCUUGUUGUGGAGAGUGGGGGAUUAGAAAAUGUUGCUCACUGCAAAGGCAGAACAGCUCCUCAGUCUGUCCUGCAUCUUCGGGUUAAACAUGCCAAUGAAUCUUCCCUUAGUAUCAUGUGGGUGCCACCUUUUGCUGAAUGGGAUAGAUAUGUGGUUUUGCUGACAGACAGAGACCUUACGCUCAUUAACAAAGUUAUUCCUAAAGACGCCAAAGAGUUCACCUUCACAGAUCUUGUACCAGGCAGAAAAUACUCAGCCACAGUCAUAAGUAUGAGUGGCGAUUUACGUAGCUCAACGUCUGUUGAUGGAAGAACAGUCCCAGCACAGGUAUCAACUCUCAAUGUAGCAAACCUGGGGUCCACAACAAGCUUACAGACUGACUGGACAAGGGGUCGAGGAGAUGUGGACUCUUACCAAGUUCUACUGAUCCAUGAGAACAUUGUCAUUAAAAAUGAGAGUGUAUCCAGUGAAACCAAUAAGUACAGUUUCCAUUCCCUCAAGCCAGGAGGACUCUACUCCGUUGUGGUGACCACCGUUAGUGGAGGAGUUUCAUCAAGGCAGACUAUUGCAGAGGGCAGAACAGUCCCCUCCAGUGUAACUGGCGUCACGGUCAGUAAUUUUGGUCGGAGUGACUACCUUAGCGUAUCUUGGCUUCCAGCUGCCGGUGAUGUUGAUAGCUAUUUGGUAGUGCUGUCUCACCAUAGUAACAUCCUCCCACCGUUAGCUGUCUCAAAAUCUGUCACCGAGUGUUCUUUCAGCUCUCUCACUCCUGGGAGACUUUACAAUGUGACGGUAAUCACAAGGAGCGGGAAGUUUGAGAACCAUUCUUUCAGUCACGAAUGGACAGUUCCUUCGGCUGUCCAAGGGCUAGCAGUGAGCAACGAAGCAAGAAGUGACUACCUCAAGGUGUCAUGGCUCCGCGCUAUUGGAGACUUUGAUAGUUACCAAGUGACCAUUAAAAACAACAAUGACUUCAUACAAACCAAAAUAGUCACUAAAUUAGAAAAUGAAUGCGUCUUUACAAAUCUCGUGCCAGGAAGACUAUACAGUGUCACUGUUAGUACCAAGAGUGGGAAAUAUGAAACCAGCACCAUGGCUAGCGGUAGAACCUUCCCAGAGACUGUGAAGAAACUCACACUAGCUAGCAGGAGUAGUGAAGAGCUGCACGUGACUUGGUCAAGAGCGGACGGUGAUGUGGAUCGCUAUGAAAUCCAGCUGCUCUUCAAUGAUAUGAAAGUAUUCCCACCUAUAACUCUGAGCAAUACUGCUGCUGAAUAUCGUUUCACCUCCCUCACCCCUGGAAGGCUUUACAAGAUUGUCAUUUUGACGUUCAGCGGUGACGCACAAAAAGCAACAUUUGUGGAGGGCUUAACAGUCCCCAGUGCUGUGAAGAACAUUCACAUUACAGCCAACGGAAUGACAAGCUGCUUAAAAGUGAACUGGACACCUGGUGGAGGUGAUGUUGAUUCAUAUACUGUGACUGUCAAUCGCCAAAGCUACCAAAUAGAAUCGCAGACCAUAUCAAAGCAUGUCUACGAACAUACAUUCUGCAACCUGGAUCCGGGUGAACAAUACAAAAUCGUGGUACAGACAAACAGUGGGGCUUUGCACAAAAACCUAACGUCCCUUGGGCGAACGUUUCCUGCAGCAGUUCGCAAGUUAUCGGUUGAUAAUGUUUACACCAGUCAUUUGCUAGUAGUCAGCUGGCAGAGUGCACAGGGCAUUGCAGACAGAUAUGACAUCCUUCUUCUUACUGAGCAAGGCUCCCUUAUAAGUAAUAAAACGGAGCCAGCCACCUCAAAAACGCACAAGUUUGAAGACCUGGUGCCUGGAAAAAAAUACAAAAUUCGUGUCUUUACCAUCAGUGGAGGCCUUUUCAGCACACCAGAAGAAGCUGUGGGGAGAACAGUUCCGGCAGCGGUAACUGGAUUAAAAAUCACAGGAAAUAGCACGGACAGCCUGUCAUUUACAUGGAACAGCUCAGAAGGAGAGUUGGACUCGUAUGACAUAUUCCUGUACAACCCAGAUAACACUCUUCAUGAUCGGAAGUCUGGAAACCAAGUCCUUCAACACUGUUCAUUCCAUGGUUUACUGCCAGGCCGUCUGUACAAAAUGGUGAUUGUUACUCACAGUGGGCCACUUACCAACGAGUCUUCAAUCCAUGGAAGGACAGUCCCAGCACCAGUUAGAUUUCUGCAAGCUUCAAACCAAAACGCAUCUGACAGCCUCUGGUUUACGUGGACACCAUCACUGGGAGAUGUUGACUCCUAUGAACUGAUCCUCUAUAAUCCAAAUGGAACGCAGAAAGAAAAGAGACAUGGCAACGACCUGAGAGAAUGGCAUUUUCAGAGUCUAGUCCCAGGACGAUUGUACUCACUUGUUGUCAUCACCCACAGUGGUGAUCUAUCUAACAGAGCUACCGCUAGCGGAAGAACAGCUCCAAAACCUCCCAACUCAGUUUCAUUUGCUGACAUCAAGAACACUUCUGUGUCAAUUACUUGGUUGGGGCCUCCAGACUGGACAGACUAUGAUGACUUUGAACUUCAGUGGACUCCUAAAGACCAAUUGGUGGUGUUUAACCCUUAUAGCAUUGGCAAGUCCAAGGGAAGAAUCAUUACCGGUCUUCGGCCAGGGCGCCUUUACACAUUUAGUGUUAGAAGUGUCAGCGGUAACAUCAAGAAGUCUUUGAGUGCACCUAUCUUCGGGACUGUGAGAACAAAACCUGACAGGAUACAUCACCUCCAUUGCCGUCCCCAGAAUUCUACCGCCAUCUCCUGUGCAUGGACUCCCCCAGACUCUGACUUUGAUGGAUACAGUAUCGAGUGCAAGAAAAAUGGCACAAAUGACGUGGAAUUCUCUAAAAGGAUUGAAAAAGACAAAUCCAUGCUCACUAUAAUGACUCUUGUACCUCACAAACAAUAUGUGGUGUCCAUUAAAGUUCAUUCUGCAGACAUGACCAGCGAAGUGGUGGAAGACAGCACCAUAACCAUGAUAGAUAGGCCUCCUAGACCUUCUCUGCAUUUCAGAGUGAAUAAAAAAGAUGUAUUCAUUAGUAAAUCAACAAUCCACUUCAGUUUUAAUUGUAGCUGGUUCAGUGACACCUAUGGAGCCAUUAAAUACUUUACCGUGAUUGUUUCAGAAGCAGAUGGCGAUGAAGAUAGGCACCCAGAAAUAAGCCAUCCUUUGCCAUCUUAUACCGAUUAUAAAACAAAUAGUUCUAUCAAAACUUACCAGACCAACUACUUUGCAAGCAGAUGUGCUGAAAACCCUGACUUCAGUAUCCAGAGUUUCAAAAUUAAAUUGGGAGGUGAAAUGGAGACUUUGGGAGGAAAGUGUGACCAAAACCAAAAUACAUUUUGUGAUGGACCUUUGAAGCCUAGGACAUCCUACAGAAUUAGCAUCAGAGCUUUUACUCAACUCUUUUCUGAAGAUAUGCGGGAGUUCCCAGAACCCUUGUAUACGGAAACGUACUUCUCUUUGCCAAUCACUACAGAAGCAGAACCUUUGGUCGGAGUUAUAGAAGGUGUCAGUGCUGGCUUAUUCCUGGUUGUUAUGCUUAUUGGGGUCACUUUAUUACUUAUCUGCCGACAGAAAUUCAGAAGAGUGAACAAUCAGGAUGCAAUGAGUGCCCGACUAAGGGGAGAAAGGUCAUCGUCGGUACAUCUAAGUGUUGGACAUAAAGGGAACAGAAAAACAUCCAGCCCAAUCAAGACAAACCAAUUUGAAGUGCACUUCACGAAGCUUCAAGCAGACUCUAACUACUUGCUGUCUGAAGAAUAUGAGGAUCUUAAAGAUGUUGGAAGGAACCAGUCUUUUGAUACAGCACUUUUACCAGAGAACAGAGGGAAAAAUCGAUACAACAACAUAUUACCUUAUGAUUCGACACGAGUGAAACUUUCCAAUGUGGAUGAUGACCCCUGCUCGGAUUACAUCAAUGCAAGCUAUACACCGGGUAACAGCUUCCGUAGGGAAUAUAUUGCCACGCAAGGCCCGCUUCCUGGUACCAAAGAUGACUUUUGGAAAAUGGCGUGGGAGCAAAAUGUUCACAACAUUGUGAUGGUGACACAGUGUGUAGAGAAAGGAAGGGUAAAAUGUGACCACUACUGGCCCUUUGACCAAGAUUCGCUGUAUUAUGGGGACCUCAUCGUCCAGAUGCUGUCUGAGUCUGUGCUUCCUGAAUGGACGAUAAGGGAAUUCAGAAUUUGCACAGAAGAUCAAUUGGAUUCUGCCCGGGUAGUCCGUCAUUUCCAUUACACAGUGUGGCCCGACCAUGGUGUUCCAGAAACCACUCAAUCUUUGAUCCAGUUUGUUAGAACUGUCAGAGAUUACAUUAACAGAUCCCCAGGAGCUGGCCCUACUGUGGUACACUGCAGUGCUGGUGUUGGCCGAACAGGCACAUUUAUUGCAUUGGACAGAAUCUUGCAACAGAUGGACACAAAAGACUCAGUUGACAUUUAUGGAGCAGUGUAUGAUCUCCGACUUCACCGGGUUCACAUGGUGCAAACAGAGUGUCAGUAUCUUUACUUGCACCAGUGUGUCAGAGAUGUCUUGAGAGCAAGAAAGCUGCGCAAUGAGCAGGAUAAUCCCUUGUUUCCUAUAUAUGAGAAUGUGAAUCCAGAGUAUCACAGAGAUAACAUGUACUCCAGACACUAGAAAUUUCAUGGAUACCAUCUGCUCCAACCAGGUGCUGCCUGCAUACCCCUGCACAGUAGAUAGGUGCCAGGCAUCUUGUAUGUUUCCAGUAAUUUAUUAGUCUGGUCAUUCUGUUAGGUAUAUGUAAUAUAUAUGUACAUUUAAUUCUCCAAAUGUAUAUAAAUAUAUUUUGUUUCUAAAAUGUUAACAAACGUCUUGAGAAUGGUUUCUCUGCUCCAUCGUUAAAUACACCAAGACUGGACAAUCAUUUUAAACCCUGCUGGCAAUCAAAGGGUGUGAAACUUUCCUUAAAUGAAAAACAUUGUGUGUGUGUCCAAGUGAAGAUAAAAAGAUAAAGAGAAUGACUCAAACCAUUUGUUUGGAUAUACUGAAAUUUCAGUGAUUAAGUGCCCAGUCUCAAUGGCAAGGGAAAAUUGCAUUUUUAAAAGGAUUUUUUUCUAUUUAGACAGCACUGGCAGGAAUUAAUUUUCAGUGAAAUAUGAGGAAGUCUGUCUCGUAAAGAAUCAUACACUGAGCUUUAUCCCCAGCGAUUCCAACAGAAAUCGGUUUAAUGCAUAAGCAGAAGACAGAACUCACUUUCACAUUGUAAUUUGUAAUUGUAGCUUAUUCUCUGAAAGCAUUAAUACAACUUACUAGAACAUUUCCAUUGAGUCUUAGUAACUAAACCUAAAUGGUGUAUAUGUUAACCUUUUGAGUGCCUGAAGGGGAUGCGCUGCAUGUCUUCCCACUGGCAUUCAUAUUCCUAAAGCUUGGAACAUAAUGGAUUUGCAAUGCGGAUUGUAUUUACAAAAAUGAAAACUGGUCAUAUAUAUAUAUAUAUGACACAAGCUACUUUUGCCAGCAACGAGGUGUAGAACCACACCUGACAGCACACUAAUAGAAAAUGUUAACUUUUUUUCUAGUAGUAUUGCAGAAAAUUAACAUCUGAAGUAAUCUGUUUACUAGAGCAAAGAAUUUAACAGCAGAUGAGUAUCCAUCUAGUCUGCCCAUAAAGUAUCUGGAGAACGCACUUAUGACUUUCACAGCACUUGGCAAAGGGGACCCCCCCAAAAAAAUGUUUACCUCAAAUAACUUACUAGAGAUCGCAUUUGAUUUUAUGUCAAAUUAAAUAAGCAGCCAUUUUGGAUUUCCAAAAAGAUAAUAUACUGGCAUGCAUAUGCAAAAAAUGAAUCUGGAAGAUAAAUCAUAAAACUGUAUGACACUAUAUUAAACAACAAAGUGAAUGGACACGCGCUUUAAAAAGCUGCAUUAAUUCUACUGGUAGUAGAUGUUUUAUCCUUAAAAGGAGAACAUCUGUCAUUCAAAAAUGAAUCUGAUUCGUUAAAAAAAAAUCCAAAUGUCUUCCUUUUUUUAUUGCAUCAAUAAAUGGUCCUUGAUAACUGACCCUUGUUUUGUUCAAGGUAAAUUAUGUACAAUAUAAGCUAUUUGGAACUGUGUAACAUGGGAGAUAUGUUGUGUGGUGCUGGCACGUAUUAUUUCACACUGGUAUCUGCUGGAUAAGCUCGCUGUUUAUACGGGUUCCGGUUGGUGGCAGCAAAUUAGCUGACACGCUGGGCCAUUACCACUGUUUUAAGUACAUUGAGUACAAUUAUUGUUUUUUUUUUUUUUAAAGUCACAGAAUGGUGUGUUCUCACAACAAAGAUUAAAGCAAUGUUUUUUUAAUGUAUGAUAAAGCUCUUGCCUUAAAGUAGAAGUUUGCACAGACUGUUACUUCAUUGACAAAAUAGCACUGUGGCAUUCCAGCUAAUAUCACGCUUUAAUAAGCUAUGUAUAUUAUUAUAAGAAGCUGUUUUCAUCUAUAAUAUCUAUUGCUAAAAAAAACCUUAUUUACAGAUAAAUACUAAAGUUAUUUUUGUAUAAAACUAUACCGUGACAAAUAUGUGAUAGAUAUUGCCGCCAUUGUGGUGGGAAUUUAUUUUGUAUCUAUAUACAUUGUUUUUUCAUGUAUAAGAAAUAUAUAUCAAGCUUGAAAUGAUUGCUAUGCAAGUUACUUUAAUGUGGUGCAGACCUGUCUGCUAUGUUAUAUUGUUAUGUAAAUUGCGGAUUUAUAUAUUUAAAAGCCAAAUUGGUAUUCCAUGUCUGCUCUGUCCAGCCAAAUGUCCAUUAAAGGGACAAAAAAGGGUUUCUUGUUAA